CGGGAGGAGGCUGGCAGCCAUGUAGUGGAUGGCUUUCACAAUCAAUAUAAUAAUAACAACCUUUCACUUCUUUCUUAACCAGGUAAAUGAGGAUUCUAUGCAGCUACCUCUUAGAUUCACUAAAGAACCAAUAAUAUAAGAAGAAAUCCUCUCAAGGUGAUGAUCUUGCAGAAUUCUUGACUUCACAGAUAAGAAAGGAAAAUACGAAGAGUCAAUUAUCCAAAUAACAAUUACACACCCAUAUCACUCUUGACAUGGAAGAGAAAGCAUUUAAAUGCCUGGAGUGUGGGACAAGUUUCACUUGGAGGGAUGAUCUGCAGCAGCAUGAAAGAACUUCUACUGGAGAGAAUCCCUACAAAUGCCUGGAGUGUGGAAAGAGCUUCCCUCUAAGUUCAGGUCUACAUUUGAAUCAAAAGACUCACACUGGGGAGGAAACAUACACAUGGUUGGAGUGUGGGAAGAACUUCACCCACAGUUCAAGUCUACGAUCGCAUCAAAAGACUCACACUGGGGAGAAACCCUAUAAAUGCCUGGAGUGUGGAAAGAGUUUCUCUCGGACUGAAAAUCUACGUUCACAUCAAAAGACUCACACUGGGGAGAAACCCUAUACAUGCCUGGAGUGUGGACAGAGCUUCGCUCGGAAUACAACUCUACAUAUACAUCAAAGAAUUCACACUGGGGAGAAACCCUAUACAUGCCUGGAGUGUGGAAAGAGUUUCUCUCGGAGUGAACAUCUARGUUCACAUCAAAGGACUCARACUGGGGAGAAACCCUUUAAAUGCCUGGAGUGUGGAAUGAGCUUCACUGAGAAGGGAAAUCUACGAUCACAUCAGAGGACUCACACUGGGGAGAAACCCUUUAGGUGCCUGGAAUGUGGAAAGAGUUUCUCUCGGAGUGAUCAUCUACGUUCACAUCAAAGGACUCACACUGGAAAGAAACCCUUUAAAUGCCUGGAGUGUGGAAUAAGCUUCACUGAGAAUGGAAAUCUACAAUCACAUCAGAGGACUCAUACUGGGGAGAAACCCUUUAAGUGCCUGGAGUGUGGAAAGAGCUUUACUCAGAGUGGAAUUCUACGUAGACAUCAAAGGACUCACACUGGGGAGAAACCCUUUAAAUGCCUGGAGUGUGGACAGAGCUUCACUGAGAAUGGAAAUCUACGUACACAUCAAAGAAUUCACACUGGGGAGAAACCCUAUACAUGUCUACAGUGUGGACAGAGCUUCACUCACAGUGGAAAUCUACGUACACAUCAAAGGACUCACACUGGACAGAAGCCCUAUAAAUGCCUGGAGUGUGGACAGAGCUUCACUGAGAAAGGAAGGCUAUGUACACAUCAAAGGACUCACACUGGGGAAGAGCCCUAUAAAUGCCUGGAGUGUGGAAAGAGCUUCACUGAGAAUGGAAGUCUACGUUCACAUCAAAGGAUUCACACAGGGGAGAGACCCUUUAAAUGCCUGGAGUGUGGACAGAGCUUCGCUCAGAAUUCAAGUCUACGUUCACAUCAAAGGAUUCACACUGGGGAGAAACCUUAUGAAUGCGUAGAGUGUAGACAGGUCUUCAGUCGGAGUUCACAUCUACGUAAACAUCAAAGGACUCACACUGGGGAGAAACCCUUUAAAUGCCUGGAGUGUGGACAAAGCUUCACUCAGAGUGUCCAUCUACAUUUGCAUCAAAGGAUUCACACUGGGGAGAAACCCUAUACAUGCCUGGAGUGUGGAAAGAGUUUUGCUUGGAGUAAAAACCUACGUUCGCAUCAAAAGACUCACACUGGGGAAAAACCAUAUAAAUGCUUAGAAUGUGGACAGAGUUUCACUCACAGUUCAACUCUACGUAGACAUCAAAGGAUUCACACUGGGGAGAAACCCUAUAAAUGCCUGGAGUGUGGAAAGAGUUUUGCUUGGAGUUCACUUCUACGUUCACAUCAAAAGACACACUGGGGAGAAACCCUAUACAUGCCUGGAGUGUGGACAGAACUUUGCCCUGAGUUGAGAUCUACACACACAUCCGAGGACUCACACUGGGGAGAAACCCUGUGCAUGCCUGGAGUGUGGACAGAGCUUCAGUGAGACUGGAAAUCUACAUAUAGACAUCAAAGGACUCACAUUGGGGAGAAACCUGAUAAAUGCCUAGAGAAUGGACAGAGCUUCACUCAGAAUGGAAGUAUACAUACACUUCAAAGGGUUCACGUUGGGAAGAAACCCUAUGCAUGCCUAGAGUGUGGACAGAGCUUCAGGCGUAGAUCAGGUCUAGGUUCACAUCAGUGAACUCACCCUGGGGAGAAACCCUACGGCAUGUGAAAAGAGCUUCUUGGGGAGUAAAGGUCAAGGUAUUCCCCUGACAUUAAGUUCAGUCGUGUCCGACUCUGAGACUCUGUGCUCAACUCCAUUCCUAAGCUGAAGAGCUGGCGUGUUCCAUAGACACCUCCAAGGUCAUGUGGCCAGCGUGACUGCAUGGAGUGCCAUUACCUUCCCGCCAGAAUGGUACCUAUUGGUCUACUCACAUUUGCAUGUUUGGCAGAACUACUAGGUUGGCAGAAGCUGGACUAGCAGCGGGAGCUUUCCUUGCUCCCCGGCUUCAAACCUGCGACCUUUCAGUCAGCAAGUUCAGCAGCUCAGCAGUUUAACCUGCUGCACCACCGGGGAGGGUAAACCAACCCCAUAUAAGACAUUCAAGAUAUGUAUAUAGUAUAAUAAUAUAUAGAUAUAUUCUUCAUAUAAUUUUUACUGUAUUGUAAUAGUAAUAAUGAUUAUAAUAUAACAACAAC